AGCCAAUCACCAGUCAGGGGGUGGGGCUUUCCAGAAUAUGGGUAGGGGAAAUAAUAACACUAAUAGCGCAGCAGUGCGUUGAGAUUUGUGAGGUUUCUGUGGCGUGAGUGCGAAUCUGCGAAAAAAGAAAAUCCGCCCGCCUUGAAGAGGAUUACUUUCACGUUGGUGUGUGUGUGUGUGGACAGGAGUGUGAUCCGGCGUGUAGACGAGUUAUUUUCUAGCGGAUUGUGUAGAUCCAGUGUUGCGGGGUUUUUAUUCGGGGAACGAGGAGGAGGAGGAGGAGGGUGAUGGUGGGAGCGGCGGAGGAGGAAGAACAAUAAUAAGAAUAAGAUUAAUAAGAAUAAGCAGACGAAGUGCCGGUGAAGUCCUGAUCUCCGUUCCCGUCCCCGCUGUCGGAGUGACUCAGUGUUUCUCUGGCUGCCGGAAUGCCGCGGUGUGUGUGAGCCCCGAGCGUCAGCAUGGAGCAGGCUGGCUGUGUGAACCUGUGCAGUCUGACCAGCACGCUGCCGGUGAUCCCGUACCGCAAACUCACCGACCUGCACUACAUCAGCAAGGGCGGCUUCGGCACCGUCUUCCGCGCGCAGCACAGCGACUGGCGCACCACCGUCGCCAUUAAGUGCUUAAAGCUGGACUCUCCGGUCGGGGAAAGGGAAAGGAAUUGCUUACUGAAAGAGGCCGAGGUGCUUCACAAAGCCAGGUUCAACCACAUCAUCCAGAUCUUUGGUGUGUGCAACGAGCCCGAGUUCUUCUGCAUCAUCACCGAGUUCAUGACCAAUGGCUCCCUGGAUGAGCUCCUCCACGAGAAGAACACAUAUCCGGUGUUGGCCUGGCCGAUCAGGCUGCGCGUUCUGUACGAAAUCGCUCUGGGUGUUAACUUUCUCCAUAACAUGACUCCACCGCUGCUUCAUCAUGACCUGAAAACGCAGAACAUCCUUCUGGACGGCGAGUACCACGUGAAGAUCGCCGACUUUGGUUUGUCGAAAUGGCGCCAGCUCUCGAUCAGCAAAGGUUCUGGAUCGAAGCCAGCCGAGAUGGGCGGCACCGUCAUCUACAUGCCUCCUGAAGAAUACGAACCCAACAAGGCUCGGAGAGCGGACGUCAAACAGGACAUGUACAGUUAUGCCAUCAUCAUGUGGGAAGUGCUGUCUCGACGGAUACCUUAUGAAGACGCUACGAACCCCAUGCAGAUCAUGUUCAGCGUCCUGCGCGGCUCUCGGCCGGACACCGGACUGGACAGCCUGCCGGCUGACAUCCCCGGCAGGGAGACGCUCAUCAACCUCAUGACUUGCGGCUGGACCGCCAAUCCCGACGAGCGUCCUUCUUUCCUCAACUGUCUUAUCGAGCUGGAGCCCAUGCUACGGAAGUUUGAUGAAAUUGAUGUACUGGAAGCGGUGCUGGAGGUCAAAAGGUCUAAAUUCAUGAGACCAUUGAGCAGCUCCUCAACAACAACGUGCAAUGUGAAAGCAACAGAGAAGAGUCUCAAGGAGCAAAACACUCCCUGGCCCGAUACCAGCUCUACAUCAGGUUCAGGGUCUUGCUCCUCCCAGGACACGGAUAUUUCCCAACCAGGCUACCUUACCAUCUCCAAUCCGUCUCAUGCUGGACCGCUGUCAUCUAUCGUGUCCAUUCCACCGGACGCCCCCAAACCUUUGAUGGAUCAGGGCUGUCAGAACAACCUCAAUCCGAGUUAUCAGACGGCUCAGCUCGUCUCGGAAUACAGCGCCCCCCUCAGACCACACCCGCCUCAAAGUGAGAGCAACCUGCCUUUAAAUAUUCAUCCCCUGACCCUACAGGCACAUCCACAAGACUUCCCGAUGCUGCAAGAAAGCCAGGGCCCGGCAGCCCGAUGGAUCAGCUCUCGACGGGAGGAGGUUGUGCGCCAGAUGACCGAGGCAUGUCUAAACCAGAGCCUGGAUGCGCUCCUGGCGCGCGACUUGCUCAUGCGCGAGGACUACGAGCUGGUGGCCAACCAGCAGACACGUACCGCCAAAGUGCGAAAGCUUCUAGACACGUGCGAGCGCCACAGUGAGGAGUUUUGCCGCGUGGUUGUGCGCAAGCUCCAGGACAACAAGCAGAUGGGCCUGCAGCCGUAUCCUGACCUUAUAUCUCCGACGCCCCCGCCGCCCUACAGCACCUCCAGCACUCCGCCGCUUCCCGCCUCCAGCAGUAACAUCCGCAACAUCUGAGCUUUUCAGCUUCCCUCGGAAUGGUCCACUUUUGGAAAAGACAGCUGAGGGAUUUUUUUUGUCACCAGGGGGUGAAAAAUGUUGUGCCAGUCCCAUGGCAUUGGUGUUGUCCUUGCCCUGGAGGGUCACCCAGCAACACCAACAUCUUGUAUCUUCUCAUUUUUGGCUGGUCGUUUGCAUAGUAUUUCAGAACGUUGCGAAGGACAAAGGAAUGUUCGUUCUGUGAAAGGGAAUCAGGAUCCGCCAGCAUUGUUUUACACUCUCUCACACACAAAACAACAACCCGUCUUCCUUUUUAGCUUUCGUUUUAUUUUUAUGAUAUGCAUCAGUAUGAAAGUUGAAAGUUCCAUGGAGUUUACAUACCAGUCCUAACUGGCUCUUACGUUAGUGUUGCACUCUACGCUCACUAGGACGCGGCGGAAAAUUGACGUAGGUGUGUUUUUUUUGCAGAUAAACGAUUUUGAAGUUAAAUGUUUGUACAAAUCUGUGUGCCAAAAACCAUAUCGUGUGCUUAUAGAUAUUUAGUGCUGGAUAUAACUGACAACUGGUUUCUGCUUAACACCGCAGUCAACAACUGACUCUACACAUACUUUUACGUACUACAAAUACAUCCUUGUGCACCUGAAUCCCUUUGAUUGCUCCCCUGAAAUAGUAUUCUGUUCUUCCCAAGGGUGCAGUAUUUUGGGUGGAUCCCAGAAUGCACAGUUUGUAUUAAGGUAGUUCGCAAUCACCAUGUAUUGCUCACAGUGUACAGUUCAAUCAUGACUUAUAGUAUAAAAGUAUGUAAAAAUAUCAUAUUCUGUACUUAAUGAAAUAUUGAUCUACUGCAGGAAAGUAAUGCUAAUCUCAGUUAUUUUAGGCCAGGGAUGGAAAAAUCAUGACAUAUUCACUAGCCACGAAGCAAGUCAACGCUCCAAUGUGCUGCUCCUCUGUUAUGCCCGGUGUUAUGCUUGUUCAAAUUAAAGUACAACUUAAUGUGGAACCAGACAUCCAGGAGACGUCCUGAUCAGGUCCAGCUCCACCCACUCAUUUAACGUAACACUUUAACUGAAGCUGAUUAUGUACUUUAAUACAGAUUUAGGACGGUACUUGAAUCUUUGAAAGGAAAACGACGAAAGGUGUUCAAGUCAAAGUGGGACUUUUAAUUGUGUAGAAAAGCAGAACACAAUUCCAAGAGUUAAAUCUCACUUUAUUUCUCUAUAUAAUCCCCUGCUACACUAAUACACUUAUCCCAGCGUUUUAUUGUGAUUUCGUGUCCAGUUCCCACAGAUAGAUGCGUCUCUUGUGCAAGUUGCACCCACUUGAUGUUCCUGGGCACGACUGCGCUGGGUUACAAGCCACCUCAGCCGGAAAAAUCACUCACAGAUGUACUGUUACUGGGUUUUACGCCUUCAUUCACCAGAAAAUUCAUCACAAGUCCCGGUUUAACUUGAACACCCAGCGUUAAUCAUUUAAUUCCUUGUAAUAUAAGGUCUCUAUAUUCGACAUUAAACAAGGGCCCCUUUCUGAUGGCGAGUUUACGUUAACGUCCUUGUGUCGUUUUUGUCUUGCUCAUCUCUUGAUGUUUGUUUGUUUGUUGUUGUUGUUGUUUUGCUUCUGUUUUUUUAUUUAAAUUUGCUGCUGUAAUUUUUUUCCUUUUUUUUCCUGUUUAACUGUUAAGGCGUUUUACUCUUACCAUGUCGCACCGUUAGCAACAGGAUAUUGAUGGAUAAAUGAAAGUUAGACCAACGCUGAUUGUUUAUUGUAAUUAACAGGCUUCUGUUAAUAGAUAUGAUAGCUUUCAUAUUUGCGUAUGGUGGUGGUUUGUAGUGUAGGUUUGCAAAACCUCCAGCAAAACAGGUUAAAACCUAUAACUAAAGAUAAUGUUAUCUAAAGUCUAGACAAAUAUCCCAAAUACAAGAAAAUAACAUUUAAAUAAAAUGAUUCCUAUAAUUAUUUAAAUGUUUAUUUAAAGCUUUUUUUACGUUAAUAUAAUCCAUAAAAUAUAGUUCGUAAAUAAAAAAUAUUUUUAUAUUAAAAAAAGAUUCCAUGAUAUCUCUAUCAGAAAAACCUACUGUGACAUCAUUUACCACAAUUUCUCGAUAUCUCCUUGUAUCAUAUCGUCUUUACACUGAUUGAGAUGAGAUUAGUAAGUUGUUCAUCCCAGGCUCGUGAUUGGUCCACACUGUGAAGUCAAAAGGAUCGCUAGCGUAUUUCUCAGAAUUUCGCUGCCCAUAUCAUUAAUCAUAAGACUGAACCCUGCUUCACACAGGGAAUAUUUAGUUGAUGCUACUGGAUUGCGAGCAUUAAUUUUCAGAUCGCGAGCAUUGAUUUUCCAUUUCCUACGACACUGUAGAACGUGUUUGUGUUAACAGCAGCAUGUUUUUUUUUUUUUUCUUUUUGUCCCCUAUGAACUUAAGUGGCACCGUUUCCUUCAUGAUUUUUUUUUUUUUUUUUUUUUUAUAUAUUCUUUUUUACUAUUUCUAGGUGGUUACUAGUGACAUUUUUUUUCUUUCUGCACUGUAGUGUUUUUUUUUGCACUAUAGAUGAUGGGCUUGUUGAGGCGCUUAGCUUUUAUUGUUGGUUGCUAGGAUACACGUUAAGAAAGUGUUUGAAAAGUUUGCAAUCCCGUCUGCUUUGACUCAUAGGUAUUAAGCAUUUAAAGAAGAGACUAAGCAUUAGGUUAUUUGCAUGUUAUUAAGCACUGCAUCAUGAGUUGUACUCGUGUAUUAGGUUCACGUAAAUAUUCGCGGAGUAUUGUGCUAAUUCCCAGGCGCCGAUCGUGAACGCAGAUCAUGACGUCUUGUUGCAAUAUUGUAUCCUGUCCAUAGGGAGGAGAAAGAAGAAAAAAGAAAACAAACUGUGCCAAACUGAACAUUGCCUUAUUGAUCUAGACGCUAGGCCUAAAUGAAGAGGAUUAUUUUUGUCAUUACCAGCGUUGUUGUUUUUUUUUUUUUUUUUUUUUUUGGUCAUAUCUAAAAAAAAAAAAAAAAGUGCCAUCUCUUGCCUUUUGCCUACUUUCUGUAAAUGAGCAACCGUGUGCACAUUACUACCAACAAUGCAUAGCCGAUGUAGCAGUGUAAAGGUGUCAGGAAUGCGAUCAAUGUACGUGCUCUAGUAUGAACGUAAUGAGAAUCUUCCAGAGAAGUGCUGUGUUAUUAAAAUGUGUAGCUCUCCA